CAGUGAUUCAUUAGUUCAGUCCUCCUGCCGGCCCAUUUGACCGACCGGCCACUGGGGCCCAUUUCAUUUCUUCCGGAGCGCCGUCGACGAUGCGGGCCCCACCCCUCCCCGCAACAUGUAACGCGCCCGCGGUGACGGAGCCGUGAACGAGUCGUGACGGCUCCGUGGGUCGUGCCCGCCCGGCCCCAUUAACCCGCGCCACCCUCUGGGGUAACGUCGUCACCCUAACGCCGCCGCCGUGGCAGGAGCGGAGCCGCGGCGCAACCCUAACGCCGCCACGAGCGGCCAUCCAUGGCCUCCUGCGACGACGACUUCGGCCUCCUCGGUGACGACGCCCAACCGGCUCCCCCGCUCCAGCCUCCCACCGCCCAGCAGCCCGCGCCACCGCCGACGGCCCAGGCCUUUUGCUUCGCCGACGCGACCGCGGCGGCGGGCUCCGGCGCCGGCCCCUUCGCGCUGGCCCAGGAGGAGAGCAACCACCACGCCGAUCGCGGCAAGUCGGCGCACAACGCCAAGCGGGUCAGGGAGCGCGCGGAGGAGUUCAGCAGCGAUGGGGGCGAGUACUGCUCCUACAUCAACAGCGGCGGCGGGGGAAAGAAGGGCCGUGGCUGCGGCGGCGGAGGUAGCGGGGGCGCGCCGGACUACCGGAAGGAUCGGGAAGAGUGGACGGACGGCGCCAUCAGCAGCCUCCUCGACGCGUACACGGAGCGGUUCGAGCAGCUCAACCGGGGGAACCUGCGGGGGCGGGACUGGGAGGACGUCGCCGGCGCCGUGACCGAUGGGCAGGGCAAGGCCAGCGUGGCCAAGAGCGUGGAACAGUGUAAGAACAAGAUCGACAACCUCAAGAAACGCUACAAGGUGGAACGCCAGCGGCUUGCCGGCUCCGGCUCCGGCGCCGGCACCGUCAGCCACUGGCCCUGGUUCAAGAAAAUGGAGCAGAUCGUCGGUAGUUCUGCGUCUCCUGCCUCCUCCAAGCCGCUUGCCGCAGCAGAGGAUGACAAGCCGAGGCAGCAGCAGCACGGCAACAAAAGGUAUCCUCUUUCCAGUACUGGUCCUCCUGCUGUGGUUAGCGGCUCCAGAGCGACCCCUCUCUCAAAUCCAAGAUGGAAGAGGGUGCUUCUGAAGAUUGGGGGCACUGCAUUGUCAGGAGCAGCUCAUCAAAAUGUUGACCCCAAGGUGAUUAUGCUGAUCGCUAGAGAAGUUCAAGUGGCAUGCCAUCAUGGUGUUCAGGUGGCAAUUGUGUUGGGAGGGCGGAAUAUAUUCUGCAGUGACAAUUGGGUAGCUGCAACUGGCACCGAUCGAGCCUCAACGCACCCAAUUGGAAUGAUGGCAUCGGUGAUAAAUUCAGUCCUUCUUCAAGCAUCACUAGAAAAGAUAGGUGUGGAGACACGAGUCCAGACUGCAUUGAUGAUGCAAGAAGUUGCAGAACCAUACAUUAGGCGGCGAGCCAUACGCCAUCUUGAAAAAGGGAGGGUUGUUAUCUUUGGUGGAAUUGGUGUUGGUAUUGGGAAUCCACUUUUCACAACAGAUACAGCUGCUGCGUUAAGAGCUUCUGAAAUCAAUGCAGAUGUUGUCCUCAAAGGUAUUGUUGGUGAUGAUGAAUAUGGUUGUCCUCCUAGGAGCAAUAGUAAUGUACCAUUUGAGCACAUCUCCUUUAGGGAGUUAGCAGCAAGAGGAUUCAGCAGAAUGGACAUGACAGCAGUUACAUGUUGUGAGGAGAACAAUAUUCCUGUUGUCAUCUUUCACAUUUUAGAGCCUGGUAACAUCUCCAGAGCGAUUUGUGGAGAUCAAAUAGGUACCUUAGUUGACCAGUCAGGGAGGAUCACUUAAAUUAUUAGGAUUAAUGGAAGCCGAGCUUAUGGGCACGCCAAUACUCUGGGGGGACAUGAUGCAUUCUUUACUUGCAUGGAUUUUUCUGGAUAGGAGAGGGGAAGCUUGUUCAUCAGACAGAAGCUUGCACCUUGAUUUGCCUGGGAUGCAUGUUGUGUAAUAUGUGUUGUGGCGGCAAUUGUCCUGAUUGGGAAAAAAGUAUUUAUCCUGUAAUAUCUGUUUGUAAUGUGAUUUGUAGGUUAGUGGAAGGGCUUGUGUAAAGUGGUUCACGGGUACCCAGAUCAGAAUGUAGUGUUGUAAGUUGUAACGUUGCUGUUUGAGUUGCAGUGUUGUGUUAGAAUAAGUUCUCUUUUUGCACUUUCCUAUGGUCUUCCAGCAACUAUCGUGUUUUAAUGCAAAUUGAUGAAGUACUAUAUGCUAUUUGACUAUUGUGAUUACAAUAUCAGGUUCUGGAAAGUGUUUGAUAA